GACAAUUCCCGACUCAUCACAGAUUUGAACCAGUCAGCAAACAGCCUCCGGAUAGGCCACACCACCCACCCAACCAAGCGCCGUGCGAGGAUGUUUUUUUUUCAGGAAAACAAAUCCAAGCAAAGGGUCACGUCUUGAGUUUAUUAUCUCGCUAAAAAAACAUGGAAUUUGUUGAAAAGUCGAGGCAAAGUGGAUCUAAAGGCAUUCUCUCGUUGGAUAUGGCGUCGAUCUAUGCGUGAUGCUCGGUGUUACAAAGGGGAUUUGUGCCGUUGACAAAAAAACAUCUAAAAGGAAUUAUCAUAACUUGAGUCGGGAAUCAACUUGAAAGGAAGAAUAAUUUCUGUAGGAAGAGAAGGAAAGGAAGGCUCGAGCAUAUUGAAGUCGGCUCAAGGCAUGGCAGGCUGGGCUUGGGUGUCUAAAGAGGCUCAGGACCUGAGAGAGAGAGCCGACGGCUGAGGAACUAAGCACUUCUCCUGGGCAGAAUGAAGAUGCAGGAGGCGAGGUCCCCGAACAACAAGUGAAGAAGAGUGACGAUGGGUGCUAAUGCAUCCAGCUACCCACACUCAUGCUCCCCUCGUACAGGGGGGAACACACAGACACAACAGACCUUCAUAGGGACGUCGUCAUACUCCCAGCAGGGCUAUGGCUGGGAGUCCAAGCUGUACAGCCUGGAUCAGGGUCACGACAAGCCCCAUGACAGGAAGAAGAAGAGCCUGGGCCUGGCCACCCUCAAGAGGAAGUUCAUCAAGCGCCGUAAGUCCAGCCGCUCUGCCGACCAUGCCCGCUUGAUGCGGGAGCUCCUGUCGGGGUGGGAUGUGCGUGAUGCCAACGCCCUGGUGGAGGAGUACGAGGGCACAUCCUCCCUCAAGGAGCUGAGCUUCCAUGCCAGCCUGGCGCGGGCCGAGGCACCCAGCCUGCAGCGUGACCUGUCUGCCCUCUACCAGCACAAGUACUGCACCGACUUGGACCUCAUCUUCCAGGACACCUGUUUCCCCGCCCACCGCGCUGUGCUGGCUGCCCGCUGUCCCUUCUUCAAGACCCUGCUGUCCUCCUCCCCGGGGUACGGUGCCGAGGUCCUCAUGGACAUAGAGACGGCAGGCAUCGACGUGCCCAUGUUCUCUGCACUGCUGCACUACCUGUACACGGGGGAGUUUGGGGUGGGCGGGGCGGAGGACACCAGGCUGCAGAACGUGGACGUGCUGGUGCAGCUGAGCGAGGAGUUUGGCACGCCCAACUCCCUGGAGGCAGACAUGAGAGGUCUGUUUGACUACAUGUGUUACUAUGAUGCCCUGCUCAGCUUCUCCUCCGACGCGGAGCUGGUGGAGGCUUACAGUAGUGGGGGGGCUGGAGGGGGCGUGGCCAUAGGGGGCGGUGGGGGGCUGGGCUCCACAGAUGAGAACCUGAGGGCCCACAAGGCCGUGCUCUCGGCCCGCUCACCCUUUUUCCGGAACCUUCUGCAGCGGCGCAUCCGCACGGGGGAGGAGAUGACUGAGCGCACACUCCAGACACCCACACGCAUUGUGCUGGAUGAGUCCAUCAUCCCGCGAAAGUACGUGCGAGUAAUCCUGCACUGCAUGUAUACAGACUUGGUGGAGCUAGGGCUGGUGAUGAGGGGGAGCCCCUCGGCCGGGAGCCUGGGGGAGGUGCAGGUCCUGGUUGCCGGGGGCAGGGGAGGAGCCAGCACCUGCACUGAGGAGGCCAUGGAGCUCUACCACAUCGCCCUCUUCCUUGAGUUCAGCAUGCUGGCACAAGGCUGUGAGGACAUUGUGGUGGAGAGCCUGUCCCUGGACUCUCUGGUCCCCAUCCUGAAGUGGAGCUCUCAGCCUUACGGCUCCAAGUGGGUCUACCGCCAGGCCCUGCACUUCUUGUGUGAGGAGUUCAGCCAGGUUGUGACCUCUGACGUUCUCUACGAGCUUAGCAAGGAGCACCUGCUCACCGCCAUCCAGUCAGACUACCUGCAGGCGAGUGAACAGGACAUUCUCAAGUACGUUGUUAAGUGGGGCGAGCAGCAGCUUAUUAAGAGGAUGGCAGACAGGGAGCCCAACGUGCUAAGUGGGACGGCCCACAGUGUGAACAAGCGGGGGGUGAAGAGGAGGGACCUGGAUGUGGAAGAACUGAAGGAGAUCCUGUCCCCGCUGCUGCCCUUCAUCCGCACCGAGCACAUCCUCCCUGCCAACAGCGACAUCCUCUCUGACGCGACGAAGAGGGGUCUGAUCAGCACCCCUCCCUCGGACAUGCUGCCCACGACAGAUGGGGGCAAGGCCAAUUCUUGGUUGCGACAGAAGAACGCUGGCAUCUACGUGCGGCCCCGCCUCUUCUCUCCCUAUGUAGAGGAAGCCAAGUCUGUGCUGGAUGAGAUGAUGGUGGAACAGACAGAUCUGGUGCGUCUGCGUUUGGUGCGCAUGUCUAACGUGCCUGACACCCUCUACAUGGUCAACAACGCCGUGCCACAGUGCUGUCACAUGAUCAACAAUCAGCAGAUGGCCAACAACCAGUCCACCGUCCCGUCCGUGGUGGCCAAUGAGAUCCCAGUACCCAGACUGGCGGUGGUGAAGGAGAUGAUCCGGAGGCUACAGGAGCUGAGGCACACAGACCAGGUCCAGAGGGCCUACGCCCUCAACUGUGGCGAGGGGGCCACUGUCAGCUAUGAGCUGCAGCUGCGUGUGCUGAGGGAGUUUGGCCUGGCGGACGGGGCUACUGAGCUACUGCAGAACCCCUUCAAGUUCUUCCCAGAGGAGCGUUUUGGAGACGAGAGUCCGGUUCUGGCCCUGCGCCAGGCAGGACGUUGUCGAGUCAACAGCAGCCCAGCGAUGGACAGCAUGUUCUCAGACCUGGAGGGCCUGGCUGGGUUUCACCCCCCGCUGCCUCCCCCUCCACCCCCAUACCACCCCCCUUCCACCCCCAGCCAUGCCCAGCUGAAGGGGGCAUGGAGGCCCCGUGUGCCCAUCCCACCCCCCACCCGCUCCUUCUCCUACCCCUGUAACCGCACCCAGCUCCACACCUCAGCCAAGCAUGGUAGCCCUGACUACCCCUCUGCCCCCAGGCCUCCACCUCCAGACUGCACCAAUCCCCAGGCCAUGGGUCGAGCCCUGCUCGCAGAACCACAGCUGAGCAUGGAGCCUGUGAUGAGGGAGUUCAUGCCUGACAUCGCUCUGGGUGUCUCUGUCAUGACCCUGAGGGAGCACCGUAUGGGGAACAGGACGGUCACAACCCUCCCCCUCAUGGCCCCACCCCGACCCCACACCUCCCCCCCCGGACCCUGUCCCUCUACACGCCUCAGCCAUGGCCACACUCACUCCUGUAAGAGGCACGCUCCAGAGCCAAAGCUGGAAGCCCAGGCAGAGUUCCCUGACCUCUACGACUUCUCCUGCCGACCAGCCACCCCGACCUCCAGCCACCCCCUAGCUCCUCCCUUCGCAGGGCCAGACCUCUACAGCCACAGCCCCUCCAGCAGCCUCCCUCCCUCCUACGUGUCUGACACCCAGGGAUGGACAGCUGAGGCACGCUCUGACCCCCUGCGCUUGGACGUGCUGGGCCUGCCCCCUCAGCGGCAGAAUGGAGCUCUGGCUAAUCCCUCUGGUUCCCAUGCCAAGGCAGGACAUGUCCCCAGAGGACAAUCAAACAAUGAGACUGACCUCACUCACGGCCUUGGCCACUUGUGGGGCUCCGCUAGUCGAAACCUAGAAGGGUAUGAGGAGAGGCCGUCGGCCCACAGUGAACCCCAGGAGGAGAUGGGGGUUACUGGCGAGUCCACAGGGUCAGGGGCCCAGCAGCUUCAUAGAAAUAGUGUUAGCGAGGAGGCUAACAGAGACCGCAGGUCGCCUAACAAGCCUGACUACCCUUACAGGAAGUCAGCACUUUAACCCCUGGAGAGGAGUGGGGGUUGAGUUGUCUAAAGGGAAAGGUGGGGAAAAUGACCUCCAGUCAUGGACAUCAGAGCACUAAUGAGUGUGUGAAGGGUUGGCUAAUGAUUUCUAUUUAUAGAUUGUGUGUGUAAAUAUCCCACCUCCUCCAGCCCUCCCGUUAUGACAGUGCUGUCUUCACCUCACGUCUCCUCUGAUUGUUACAGACUAGCGGCAUCUAGUCUGUAGGUUAGAGAAACAACAGUGACUGUAGUGUUUCAAUCUGACUGUUGAAUUGAAGCUUGCCGAAGCCAACCUCAGUGCUGCAGUUUUACAAUAUCAUUCCAGCAGUACUGUUUAGGAGGGGUUUUGCCUAUUUUCCUUGAGCCUUGUUGCACACAGAGGUUUGUUGUAACCUCUUAGAUGUGAGAGUCAGGAAUGAAGAUCAUAUCAUUACGAUCAUAACAACGAUGUGUUAUGAUCAUAACAAUUGUGUAAUAUAGCUGAAAUAUGUGCUGAGGACAUGUAAUAUACAUAAGGACUGUAGUCAUCAGCAUAUACUUAUAUACAUAGGAUCUCAGUAUAAACUAGUGAACACCAGCACGUUGCUCCAAACAGCGUUAUCUUCAUGAUAAAGUUAUGUAAAAACAUGUCUGUAUUUUCUUGCUCCUCUCAUUUGUAUUUCCUCUCUCUUCCUGUAGCAUUCCUCCAGUACGUACCUCACCUGAUUAGUUACAUUUGAUUUCCCCUUCCUGGUGAUGAGUACUAGGCUCUGGCUGGUUCGGAUCAGGCAGGAAGUGGAUCAGAUGGGGAGUAGGUCUGUGGAGGCUGUCAUUGUUCUCUCUGGAUACCGCUGUCGUCUUCUGGGUUAUUGUUUGCGUCCAGAACUCACCAGUGCUGCUUCUGCACAGUCUCUGGCUUUUAUAUUCUCACAAAAGCAUGAGCCUAGGGUUUUCAGAAUGAGACAGGAGGGUGAGGGCAUAGGUUGAUGACUGAGAUACACUGGGAAAGAUAAGGGUGCCAUGGCAACUGUUGUACAGUGGUGUGUGAUUGAAUGCGCUUGUCAGGAGAUGUUUGUAUUCAGCAGAACGUGUGUGUGGUUUCGUACUCCCAGGCAACUGUUUAAACAGUAUCAGUACUGUAGACUCAGUAUCCAUCUUUAAUCAGGUCUGUAUUUACAUAUCAACAUGAGGCUCUGAGAUGAUUAACCAGUGACCGACCAUAGAAUGGUAUGGCCAAUAUGCUUGAAACCACCUUGCUCUUUCAAUGGAAUUAACAAUUAGAAGCCUUAAUCCACAUUUUGAAGUGACCAAACGGAAUUCAUCACAAGCGUGAUGCCACUACUGGCUCUCCUAGUUGUCAGUGUGACUCUUCUGUACAGCCUCUAAACACACACUCUCCAUUCCAAUGUACUCUAAUGUUCAUUUUGGUUGUUCAAUGUGACCACCAUCACGCCACCUUUUGGCCAAUCUUGGACCUGCAAAGACCUGUUCUUUCUCUCUCUCCGCCAUCAGAGAUUCUGGCAUACUGAAUAAGAGCUAUCGGGCCUGUUGCUACAGAAACCAAAGUGCACACAUCAGAGCCUGUAAGAUCACCCACACCUGUCUGUCCUAUGACAAACUGACAAACCAAUGAUACAUAAAGAUGCAACAUUGCACUGUAGGAACAAUCCAUUUCACAUGGGAGCAGGGGGGAAUAUGAACAAAUGAAUUUAGAACAAAAGGGAUCCAGAACACCUAAAUCAUUCUUUAGUAAAUAAAAUUGUAUGGCCUCCAUCACCUGCAUUCUACCAUUCAGAAAUCCUGAGCAUUGCCUGUAAAUAAUAAUUUGAUAUACUGUACAACAGAAAUCCUUGUUAUUACAUCUUAGUGGAUUUAUAUGAAUUAUUCAGCUGUUUUGUAGCUGUGGAGGACUACAGUGUGAAGUUGUUUAGAACCACAUUUCACCUAGAAAGAAUAAUCACUCAGAUUUUUGUUCUUAAAUGUUUUGUUUUAUGGAAAUGGUUUAAUAUUGUUCUUGGUGAGAAUACCACGAUUGUAUAGAUUUUAUUUUUAAAUCUAGCACAGGAUUUUUAAAUCUAGCACAGGAUUUUUAAAUUAGCGCAGGAACAUGUAGAUGAUCUAUAGAUAUUCACUCUGCCAUGUAGUAAUGAAGUUGCAGGGCAGAAACAUGUUUUUGUUCCAUCCAGUUUGCUUUGGGAAAAACAUUCUAAACUUCAACAUGAACAUGAGGAAUCUGGUUAGUUGCUUUAUUUUCCAGGACAGUGUUCCCUUUGAAUAAAAAGUCUCCACAUUCUCUUUUUGCUGUCAGUGCCUUCCCCUGCCACAAACUGGGCUUUUGUUGAAGUGACUGAUAUCCUAUGCAACCUGCAUCAAAUAGUCCUUUGCAAAACUCAUAUAGCUAAUUAUUUGUUUACAUAGUGGGUUUUUUGGUACCUUUUGAAAUUGAACCCUCUGGAACUGUGAUUGGUUAUUUGUUGAGAAUUGUAUAAUUGAACAGGUACUUUGUACUCGUUUGAUCUAUAUAAACACUUCUGUAGAUUCCUGUACUAAGUUGUAUUUAGUUUCACUGGUUCUAUUUUUCUACUGUUACCUCAAAAGGUGCAUAACAGUGAUGAACUUGGGCAUCUUUGAAAUAAACUGCUUCAAUAUAAUUCUA